ACGACUUACAAAACAUGGCCGAUCAUAUCUGACCUUCAGAGAAUUUCGUAACAAAAUCCUAUUUAUGUAAAUUUUAUUACAUGCUGACCGUUGGAAUUUUUGCAUUUAAAUGUUGAAUCGAUUAAGGAGUAAUAUACAAUUAUGUUUAAGUCGGUGAUAUCGAAGUUACGACCUGCCCUUGCAGUGUCAAGAAGAUUCUACUGUGACGCCCCUGCCAGAUUAACGCAGGGAGAACAGAAACUAUCCCAGUUGCUCAAGACGAAAUUUCCGAUGGCCACAGCUAUUCAAGUUCAAGAUAUAUCCGGGGGAUGUGGUGCCAUGUUCGAAGUACUCAUAGAAUCUCCCGAAUUUGAAGGGAAAAGAACUGUUAUGCAGCAUAGGAUGGUUAACGAGGCAUUAAAAGAGGAAAUAAAGGACAUGCAUGGUAUACGCAUCACAACAAAUGUGCCAAAAUCUUAAGGUUGGAAUAAAUAAGUACUGUUUGCUGUAGACUCUUGGCCAACUGUGGAGCAUUCUGUCUGCUGAUCAAAAGCUAAUUUACAGACUUAGCUUUGCUGUAACUGUGAUUUCAGGAUGCAUGGAGCAAAUACAUUAGACUUCAGGUCAACUCAUCACGUGACCGCUCUAUGGACAGACCUGAGGCGCCUUGCCACCAUUUUUAAUGCGGGUCUUUUAAUAAAAAUCAACUUAUGUUGAGUAUUGUGGAAGAAAUAGUGAUUUA